AAGAAUGGUAUGUGCAAAGAAACCUGUGAAGAAAGUUUCCGGGGUUGCGGUGAACACUCCUGCUAAGAAACAUUUUCAGCAAGCUAUAGACACCAGUAGUAGUGCAAACGGAGGAAGACUUGGAGAAUACGACGAAACAUGGCCUAUACGGUGGGCAAGAGUUCAAACAAUUGGUCCUCAUCAUGAUCGGCUAUGUGACACCUCGGAUGCAACCAGCCCAAUGUCAAACGGGAACGUUAAGAGUAUGCCAGUCAUAACGGAGUCCCCAAAAAUAGGUAUUAAACAAUGUUUUCAAAAGGCUGAUGAUUUUCGAGCUAACUUUGAUUGUCAAACAUCAAGUCGGUAUUUUUGUGGUCAUAUGUUUUGGUACAUACUCACUUUCAUAACUUAUCUUGUUUGGACAUUACUUUUAUGGAUUCCUUGCUUGUAUCAUUACACUUGUCGCCACAAUAGUUUUUAUCAUCGACACAAGCUAUGCAGGUCGUUUAUAAGAUAUUUCUCAGUCACAUUCCACUACUCCAUUUUCUAUUUGUCAUUGUUAUCCUCUGCUUUUUUAAUUGGACUGAAUAUCACCUUACUGUCUUCUGUACACGGUCUUGGAUCCAACUCAAUGCCUCCGGAGAUUGAUAGGGUAACUAUUCCUAUAGUUCAGAUUGAACACAUAGCUUUGUAUCAGAUUUGUGUUACUGUGUCUCCGGAAUCACAUAUGAUCUACACCAAUAUUUUGCCUUCCUCCCCAUUUGAAAGUGCACUACAAUUGUGGAAACGACUUAACAAAGAAAAUGCACCAAACGAUCCAACAGCCGUAACAGAAUGCAAACCUUUGUGGGAAGACGGUGGGCUAGGAAUCGGAUUAGCAAGAAGAGAAGCUGGAGUUUGGGAGAUGAGAACAAAGAUCAAUAAUACAAUGCUGGCAGUGUCAACAUAUGUGACAUUUAACAACACAAAUAUCCACAAUCCCGCUUUGAAGUUAGAGUAUACACAUACGCUAUUCAUUCGAAGAAACGACAACGUUAAUGAAAAAUACUCAUGCGUUCGAGAUUCUGGAUGGACCAUAGUUCCAUCGGUAGUUCAGCUAAGCUGGCCGUAUUUCUCUGCUUGCGAGCAAAACUGGAAAUUUGCUGAAAAUCCCAAUUUGAUCGAGUGCAAUCAAAUAUUUGGAAUUGGAUUGGGGACGUUGACGGGGACAAGAAAGCACAACACCAGACAUAAUUUUCAUUUUUUGCGAACAUAUGCAGCAGUUCGUAGAACUUAA